AUGAGUGACGCAGUAUAUGUAGCUGAUACCUGGAACAAUCGUAUCCAGAAAUGGUCGAAAAAUGCACAAGAAGGGAUCACAGUAGCUGGUUCAAGCAAUGGUAGUUAUGGGUAUGAUGCUGCAUUGUUAAACAACCCUGUAGAUAUUUUUGUUGACACCGAAACUGGUGUGUUAUAUAUCGCCGAUACAUACAAUAGACGAAUUCAACGUUGGCUUCCAGGAGCGCUGAAGGGUGAUACGAUUGUUGGUGGAUUUGAUAAUGACAAUCCAAAUACUCAAAUGAUGAUACCAGUGGCAUUGACAUUCGAUAGUGAAGGUAAUCUUUUCGUCACCGAUAUUAACAAUCAUCGUGUUCAAAAGUUUGCUCUGAUUGAUAAUACUACAUGUUCGUCGACAUCAACAGGUACGCUGAAUAUAUUAUUUUGA